AUGUCGGCUGCAGGUUUGUAUUACAUUUUGACAGGAAAGAAGGUCAAUACACACCUCAUUGAGCUCUCGAACGCUAUCGAAGUACACAACACACACUCGCAGACUCAUCGCGUGUUUGCAACGGUUGGAGAGCACCUCGAUACUUGUUUUAAUUUAGGGGCAGUAGGCACCAGAGCUGCCAUCGAGCACUGCAAACCAUCCAUUCAUCAACUACGAAGUCAGCUGCUUUCCUUUUCCCCGUUGUUUUUCAUGCAAAGUGGAGGAGUGGAUACAAAUGCCCCUCAUAAUGCUACACUCGAAAACAGAUCCAUAUCUUAUUUUACUGGAUCAGAAAAUGUUACUGUCAAUAAUUCUACCUUCACCGCGGUUUCGGGAGACUACUACGUUCUCGAAAAGGGACAUGAUACCGAAGGCCUUCGAGUACUAAGUCAAACAAUUUCCCAUGGUGCCAUGUUUGACUCUGCUGAACGGUACCCUGUUGGGAAGUGUUACCCUGGUACACGGGAAGAGGUCCAAACCAUCAUUCUUGAUUGGAUAAACGACCCAGAUCCUGAUGAACAUGUGCUUUGGCUUUUUGGAUCGGCAGGGGUUGGAAAGUCGUCUAUCGCGCAAAGCAUCGCAGAGAUUGCUAGGGAUUUAGGCAAACGAUAUGCCGCAAGCUUCUUCUUUGCGCGAUCUGUUGCUGGACGUAACGGAGCGACAACACUUUUUCCGACUCUUGCUUAUCAGAUUGCCAUACAAAUUCCCGAUGCUCGUGAUCUUGUAAAUGAUGCUGUCUUAGCGGACCCCACUAUAACGACCAAAUCUUUGGAUGUACAACUUCGAACGUUGAUCAUUGGUCCACUUUCAUGUUUAACUUCCAUUUCACACACCCCAACAGUCAUUGUUGAUGGCCUAGACGAAUGUGGAAAUUCUCAAACGCAACGUGAUGUCCUACGACUCCUUGCUAAGGCCAUUACGGAGCAUCGUGUCCCUCUUCGAUUCCUUGUUGUAAGCCGCCCUGAGUACUGGAUACGGACUGCGUUCGACGGGGAUUUGUUAAAUCACAUUACCAAAAGAGUAUCUCUGAGCGAUUCCAUCGACGCUGACAAUGAUAUAAAGGCCUACCUCGAGGAUGGUUUCAAUGAAAUCUACACCAAUAACCUAGAUAUCAUGGCCUCCAUAAACAAACCCUGGCCACCUCCGAAUGUCAUUACUCAUCUCGUGAAUGAGGCCUCUGGUCAGUUUAUAUAUGCUACCACCAUUCUCAAGUUUGUGGGUUCAUCCUCAGAUUUUUCUGAUCCUCAAGCCCAACUGGAUAUGAUCACGCAGCCUGGUCCUACUCGAUCAUCUGCGUUUGGAGAAUUAGACAAUCUCUACUCUACUAUUCUUUCUCUGUAUCCACGGCGGGACUCGCUUCUAGCAGUUCUCGGAGGCUUGAUCACAGGCUCAACUCCCAAGGCGAUUGAACUGUUUCUUGGCGUGUCAUCUGUCGAAUUCCAAUUGGUUCUUCGCGCUAUCAGUGCUCUAGUCACUGUUAAAAUCUGGGAUUUCUCCCCAGGUGAACCAGAGGUCGACGCGGUCUAUGGGGAUAGAGAUCCUGAAGUAUCCUUCUGCCACCUUUCUUUCCGUGAGUAUUUACAAGACAAGAGUCGCUCAAGUCUAUUUUGGGUCGAUACACAAGCUUAUGCUGGGAAGCUUAUCGACGGUUUCAGUCAAUCCGUUAUCGAAUGUAUCGAUGGGUCAUCGCAGUAUUUUGAUAAAAUUACUAUCGCAAAAUUGGACCGUAUGUGGCAUGCCUUCUCAACAAAAACCAUCUUUUUGGUAGAGCCAAGUGUCGUAUACCGUCACAUUCAACGCCUCGUCGAUAAACUGUCGCAGCUCCAGGAUAAAGAACAUGAUCAUAAACUUGCAUUCCCUCAGUACAUUCUUCGUCACCUGGACUACGUGAUGAACCUGGCACAUGUGAUCAAUAAUCCGUUCGAUUUCUUUGACACUAAUCCUUUCGACACACCUGAUCUGAAAACUUUGUUCUCGACUCUGCGACUCCUGUCCAAGGCUAUUGCCUUUCGAUGUAUUGAGUACAUCCUCUCUGAAGCUCAAAACAGGGAUUUAUUGACGAACGUGCUUUUGUACGUCCUUCUCUCCCAUUCAAUUACCUUGGAUGACCUCGGGCGCAUGCCAGGAUGCAAUCAACGCAUGGCAAAGACAUUUCUGCUGGAUUAUUGGUGCCUUGUAGCCUGUACUGAUAUCGAGGGCUCAGACAGCGAUCGGGUAUACUACAAUUUACCCUCGGUGCAGUUGUAUUUUGAAGAAUCAUUUCAAGGUGGUGAACGCACAGGGCUCCAUGCUAAGGGGUUCCUUGUCACCUACAGGUGUCUUAAGCACCUUCUUUACCGCUACGAUUACAAUGAAAACUUUCCUCGUAUUGUUGAAUCACGCUCAUCCCUAUUUCAGGAUAUCACAUCUAUCAUCAAUAACUUUCUCUCGGACAUGAGGUUUUCAAACGUCGAUACUGGAGAGCAAUUUAUUGAAUAUGCUAUAGAGUCCUUGAUCACCUUUCUAUGGGAAUUCGACUGGACGCGUCUCAGGCUUGUUUUUGGUCACUACUUUACCGUUGCCGUAAGCAUAGCGAAUUGGAUUGACCGCCAUCUAACGGCAAAACAUCGAGCUGAUAUGUUUGAAAGCAUUUACCCUGGUUCUGUGUUCCAACUACAAGAUGUAAUGGAGCAUAUGUACGAUGAAGUAUUCCUUCCCACCUUCCAGGUGCCCUUCUUUUCAGAGCUCUCAGUUUACGAUGCAAGCUGCAUUCGUACUGUGAUCCUCAAGCCCAGAUGGGCGCAUAACGGAAGAUCUCUAGGAUCAGUUAUCCUAGAUGAAGAAGAGCGUUGGGGAGUAGACGUGGACAAUGUUUACAUCCAAAGCUAUAUUUACACGAGAACGGGGGAAUUGGACGGUAUCCUCUCCAGAGCCGGCUAUCUCGAGCACGAUCAAGACUGGUAUACCACUCUUCUUGAAUUCUACCUCAACACCCUUGUUAAACGAGUCUACCAUUCCCUUCAUCCCGAAUUUCAGUCGUACGCACUGCUAGUCAAUUCCACGGAGGUGGUAAUGGGCUUGGUGCAUCGCGUCGACAGUCUCACGGAAAAAAUGGUGAAAGCUUUGAUGGCAUUGUAUUAUCUAUCACAGCAAGCAGAACCCAAAGCCAUAUGGUCUCCAACGCAUCUAUUCUGUUCCGAAAUAAUUAAAUUACUACAGAGGGGUGAUCCUUCUAGCUUUAUAUCAUCCCAGGAAAUAUCCUAUCUAAUCAGGUGGCUCAUCGCAAUAGACCAGGAAGGUCCUGAUUCAUGCACCACCAUCGAGUCUUGCAAUCCUUAG